CUUGUACUGCGACAGAGUUCAGUCAGUCGGUCGGUGCCGCUACCAAUCGCGCUGCAUCGCGUUGAGCCUUUUGGAGGUUUCAUUACAAACACACAGUCGAAGGGAAGAAUACUGCACGUGCAUACGAAACAGCAACAUCUUACGAGAAGCGAACGAUUGGUGGAACAAUGUAGUAUAAAGGCAUCAUGUUCCUGUUGCUGUCAGUGCAUGGAAGAAGGCAGUAGCCAAAGGCUUUCUCUGACCACUACCGAGAAACUACCUUUCGAUAUAAGCACAUCCCACUUUUUUCCAAGUAAACAUACCGUGGAUCAUGAAGAGGCCUUCCAUCAGCAAGACAUUUAUGUGGACGUUUUGCUUGACCAUCCUUUUAUUUCUGCCAACGAGAACAAACGCCCUGGAAGAGAAUUGUACGGAUUUUCAGGGUGGCACUGUUAGACACGGCCUCCUUUACGUGCCAGGACCUGCGGUUUGCAGUCUCUGCGUCUGCUAUCAUUCCGAGCCUAUGUGGUGUCAAGCCAUUUAUUGUACGCCACCAUACAAAUGCAAAAAAUUCCGCGUGGGUGAACGCUGCUGUGAAUUUGAGUGUCUCGACGAUAGUGACGAUUGGAGUGGCCCGGAUGUGUAUGACGCUGCUGGAUCGUCCAAGAUCCAAGAGCAGAGUUCUAUCCUGUACCUAUUGAGCAUAAUACUGAUCGCGUUAUCGAUAGUGCCUUAAUUACGAUCAAACGAGAUCCGCAUUGCAAUUAUCAUCGCCAUAAAUCAUCGCCCCUUAUCGGAUAUAAUUCGCGAAGAAUUCGUCCGUUAGUGAUAUUGGUAAAGAUGAUUUAUGAUGAUGACGAACAGCAUGUUCUUUACUCAAUGUAGCAAUUAAGAUGUCCAUGUAGCGCGAGCUUAAUUAACGGCGAAGAGAGAGAGAGAGAGAGAGAGAGAGAGAGAGAGAGAGAGAACUGGAAUUUCUUCCAGUAAAUCGAUUUAGUUAAAUUGAAGAUUGAUCAAGUCACUGUUUAAAUAAUUAUAACAAACUGAGAAAAC